AUGUCUCAUCAGUACGUAACUAAAGACGAUUUAUUCAAAAUGUACCAAAAUUGCAGUAAAGAUGUUCAAUCUACUGCUGUACAUUUAUUACAUACGUUGAGUCCAAAUACUAAUCAAGAUGACUUGAUCGAAAAAGCAAUCGAGAUUGUUCAAAUACAUGCCCAGAAAAAAACUGGUGAAUAUGAGCAAUGGAGAAAAACUCGUUCCAAUUUUCGACAUGAGUUGUUUCCAAACCAUGUGCCAAUCGAUGAUCUUUUACAUUCAAUUGAGCAGUCUGCUGAAAGCAGGAAACGUAAAAAUACGACGUCGACAGAAGCCUUUCAUCAUUUAAUGGCACGUCAAAAACGUUACAAAACCAAAGAGAACGUUGAGCAUUUGAAAGAGGCUGCAGCACAAAACAAUUUGUCGAUAAAUGAAUUUUUACGGUACACGCUUUACAGAUGUAAUUAUAAUGAAAAUGGAAACGAUGAAUCGAAUCGCCAAUUAGCAUUAGCUGGAAAAAUUUUGCUCGAACAAAGGAAUUUAUCAAUGAUGCCAAAAUUAUCAGUCGAUGAAACAAUUACAUUGCAUAUCUUGACUUAA